GGAGGGUUUAACGGAAUAAAUAGGGGGUAACAUGUGGUAGAGAUUAAAGAGGAAGGGGGAUGUUAAAAGAGGGACAUGGAACAGCUACAAUAAAACUGGGUAUUAUCAACUUGCCAUGACUCUUCGCAAUUGAAGACUGCAUCUGGAUAAUGAAUGGUCUUGGAACAUCCUCCUUGCAGGUGCGGUAGAAUUACCAGAACCUGAACUGAAUCUCGAGAAUUUGUUGUCAUGCCGAAGCGAAAAUCAAAGCAGCUACCUGACCCGCCGUCCAAUGCUGCUGCGAAGGACUCUUCUAAGAAAGCUCGAGGAGUGACCAAGAACAGUGACGCAAGUGGUGAUGCCAAUAAGGAUAACGGUAUGCCCAGCUCAGCUUUGCCUUUAGAUGUGUUUGCACAUCUCAUUCAUCCAAUCAAGGUUGAAACGUUUCUGGAAGAGUACUGGGAAAAGCAACCCAUCGUCAUACCAAACAGAAAAGGGCACCAGGAGUUCUUCCAGUCGCUCUUUACAAGGAAGAUCUUGGAGGGACUCGUUGCGGAGAAGAAGGUCUCCUUUGUCAAGGACUGCAAUGUCUGUCGGUACAAGGAUGGUGAGAGGGAAUCGCUCAACGGGAAAGGAACGGUCAAACCGAAUAAACUCAAGGAACUUUUGGAUAGAGACAAAGCUACGAUACAGUUUCACCAACCACAGCGCUUUCAGGAGAGUAUAUGGAGUCUACUAGAGAAGCUAGAAUCAUUCUUUGGUUGUUUGGUAGGAUCCAAUGUCUACAUGACACCCAAGCUAUCUCAAGGACUGGCGCCUCAUUACGAUGAUGUAGAGGUGUUUGUGCUUCAGCUUGAAGGAGAGAAACACUGGCGUCUCUACAAACCCCCAACCCUUCUUCCCCGAGAUUAUAGCAGAGAUCUCGACCAAUCAGAGAUCGGAGAGCCGACACAUGACAUAAUACUUCAGGCAGGCGAUCUUAUGUAUUUCCCACGAGGAACGGUUCACCAGGCUGAUACACCUAGUACUUGUACCCACUCCACGCAUCUGACUAUUAGCACAUACCAAAGAUCUUCUUGGGGUGAUUUUCUCAGUAUUGCCCUCCCGUCCAUGAUUCAGACAGCCAUUUUAGAGAAUGUCUCCUAUCGUCAUGGUCUUCCUUUGAGGUUUUUCUCAGAUCAUAGUCGGCAGGCAAGCAGCAGCGAGACCGGCAAAAAAAUAACAAGUUUGAUAUCACAGCUGAGCAGCCAUAUAGGAUCACAUGGUCAGGAAGCUGCCGAUGAGAUGCUCUGUGACUUCAUAGCCAACCGUCUGCCACCAUUCAACAAUGAUGACCAAGACUUCGGUCCUAAAGGUCCCAUGCCUUCAUCAGACCACCAGGUUCGUCUACGCCUCCCAGAUCACACUUUCAUCGUAAGAAGGCAAGGCGAAGAGGAGGAUGAUGAAGAGGAGGAAGACGAUGAAAAGGAAGAUGAUGAUGAGAAAGCAUUUCAACUGUUUGUCUAUCAUUCUCUUCAGAAUUCUCGUCAAGAGCACAUGAUGUCCAGUGAACCUAAAGAGGCUCUGGGGAUCCAACUACCAACAGAAUGUGAGCCAGCUGUCAGAACUCUUAAAGAAUCUCCACGAUCCUGGAGGAACGUCAAAGACAUCAGUUUGGAAGAUGGCGUCAGGUCACAGAUGAUCAUGUCACUGUGGGCAGAGGGUCUGAUAGAAGUCAGGGACGGGACAUAGGUCGAGAUAGUUCUUGAUAGCCUCAGGUCACAGAUGAUGUCUUGAUGGGCGGAGGGUCUGGUUGAAAUCCAUAAUGGGAGAUAGUUCAAGAUGCUGCCGUUGGGUCACAGAUGAAUCGCAUCACUUUUGGUGGUAUAAUUAGAGGAUGGGAGAUAAUUCUUGAUUUUUGGAUGCACUGCUUUAGUUUUCAGAUGACUGUGUCACUCUGGGGAAAGGGUUUGGUUGGAGUUGGGGAUGGGAGAUAGUUCUUGAGGCAGGGUUGUAUAGCAUUAGGUCACAGAUAAUAAUAUCUUGGUGGAUGAAGAGUCUGUUAGAAGUUUGGGACAGGAGAUAUUUCAGAGGCUUUCUCUAGGUCACAGGUGAUCAUGUCACUUUUGGUGGUACAUUAGGAGGAUGGGAGACAUUUAUGUUUUUUGGACACACUGCAUCAAGUCACAGAGGAUUGUGUCAGUCCGGGUGUAGGGUUUGGUUGAAGGCAGGGAUCGAAGAUAGUUCUUAAGGCAGGUUUAUACAGCAUUAGGUCACGGAUGAUAAUGCCUUGACGGGCUAUGAGUCUGGUAGAAGUCAUAAAUUGGGGU